CUUGAGCUCUAUAUAUACUCUCAUCUUUCCAGUUUCCACCCAGUCCAAGUGCACUCAAUUUAAUAAAUAAAGUUUGUAUCUUCUCCACAAAAUGAGCUCCUCCCUAUUUUGUUUUUAUGCCAUAUUUGCCUUCCUCUGCAAAACUUCCUUCUCCCUGCCCGGAAAUGUUUCUGAUCACCAAGCAUUACUUUCAUUGAAGGCCAACAUGAUCGGAGGUCCUUUUCAAUCAUGGAAUGAGUCUACCCAUUUCUGUAAUUGGGUUGGAAUAACUUGUGGUCGCAAACACCAACGAGUUGUAACAAUCGAUUUGCACUCGAGCAACCUUCAAGGCUCUUUGUCCCCUGCAGUUGGGAACUUGAGUUUUCUUAGAGAAUUGUCGCUUGACAACAACACUUUAUCAGGUAUAAUUCCUAAUGACUUGGGUAGACUUAGAAGAUUAAGUGUGUUGGUUCUGGAAAGAAAUGUAUUUUCAGGUGAAAUUCCAAAAAAUCUUUCACAUUGUGUUAGUCUAACAGAAAUUUAUUUGGGAGGCAAUAAUCUAACGGGUACAUUUCCUUUGGAGUUUCGAUCCCUGUCCAAACUAGUGAACCUUACGGUUCAUAUGAACCACUUGAUGGGAGAGAUACCUGCUUACAUAGGCAAUUUUUCAUCACUCAAGGUACUUUCUUUUGCUGAAAAUAAUUUCAAGGGAAAAAUUCCUAAAGAGUUGGGUAGACUUAGAAGAUUAAGUGAGUUGGUUCUAGAAAGAAAUGUAUUUUCAGGUGAAAUUCCAAAAAACCUUUCACAUUGUGUUAGUCUAACAGAUAUUUUUUGGGCAAAAAAUAAUCUAACGGGUACAUUUCCUUUGGAGUUUCGAUCACUGUCCAAACUUGAGUACCUUUCGGUUCACACAAACCACUUGAUGGGAGAGAUACCAGCUUACAUAGGCAAUUUUUCAUCACUCAAGGCACUUGUUUUUUCUGAAAAUAAUUUCAAAGGAAAAAUUCCUACUUCAAUUGGAUGCCUGCAGAAUGUUUUUUUUAUUGGUCUAGGCAGUAACUACCUGAGUUCUACCAUUCCUGUAUCCAUUUUCAAUCUGUCAUCAUUGGUAAAUUUUGAUGUACGAGAAAAUAAACUUGAGGGAUAUCUUCCUUCAAAUUUAGGCACUACCAUUCCAAAGAUAGAUAAAUUUUGGGCUAGUAAUAAUCUUUUAAGAGGGCUACUUCCUAUCUCAAUGUCAAAUGCCACAGGACUACGGUAUUUUGAUGUUAGUCAUAAUGAUUUUUAUGGAGGAGUACCGUCAUUUAGUGGACUUAAAAGACUAAUACAUCUUUCACUUAUUGACAAUCCGCUUGGUAAUGGAAAAUCCACUGAUUUGGAUUUCAUGUCAUCUCUUCUCAAUAGUACUGCUACACUACUGGGCCUGUAUCUUAAUAAUUGCAAUUUUGGAGGGGUUUUGCCCAGAUUCAUAGCAAACUUUCCACAGCUUGUACAUUUUCAAAUAAAAGAAAAUGUCAUAGGCGGAUAUCUUCCAAGUGAAAUUCAUCUUCUUGAAAACUUAGAAUACCUGUACUUAUCAGAAAACCAGCUAGGCGGUACUAUUCCAAGCUCAUGGGGAGGAAGCCUUCAACAACUCAUUGGUUUACACCUUGGAGGAAACAAAUUGUUUGGUGAGAUUCCAAUUUCUUUGGGAAAUCUGUCCAUUCUUAGUGAGCUUUACCUACCAUUCAAUGAGUUUCAAGGUACUAUACCGAUAAGUUUUGAAAAUUUUAGGUAUUUGUUAGAAUUAGAUCUUUCUAACAACAAACUCCAAGGAAAUUUUCCCAAAGUUAUCUUCACAUCACUUGUGAAAUUAGACCUCUCUCACAAUCACUUUACAGGUCCUCUUCCUGUAGAGAUUGGUGGGUUCAAAAAUUUGGUGUCACUAAACCUCUCAAACAACAUGUUCUUAGGCACACUUCCAAGUACCAUUGGUGCACUGAGUAGCUUGAUUGAACUCAACAUCAAUCACAAUCUUUUCCAUGGACUUUUCCCUCCUUCUUUCAGUUCUUUAAAAAACCUUGAAAUUUUAGAUCUAUCUUGUAAUAACCUCACAGGAAAAAUACCAGAAUUUCUAGGUAAACUCAAGUACUUGAAGCGGUUGAAUUUAUCAUUUAACCAUUUGGAAGGUGAGAUACCUACUGAAGGGAUUUUUAAAAACAAGACUGAAGUUGAGCUUGUUGGUAACAACCUUUGUGGAGGUAUUCCACAAUUUGGGUUGACAGCAUGCCCAAGAGAAGGAGAAAGACAACAUCUGUCCCAUAUUCAAAAGUUGGCAAUUUUCAUUAUGUUCAUUUACAAGCAGAAGAACAAGCAGCCUUUAACGCAGGAUGCAACAACAGAGCUCAUACCUAAGUUGUCAUAUUGGAGUAUCCAGAAGGCAACAAAUGAAUUUUCUAAAUCCAGCAUAAUUGGUUUUGGAAAAUUCAGCACUGUUUACAAAGGCAUUCUUGAUGGUAGUUUGGGAAUUGUUGCAAUUAAAGUGUUCAAGCUUCAAGUAAGAGGAGCAUCCAAGAGCUUUUUGGUGGAAUGUGAAGCAUUGAGGCAAAUUAGGCACCGAAACUUGGUAAAAGUUUUGACCACUUGUUGUAGCAUCGACCAUGAGGGUAAUGACUUCUUGGCCAUUGUCUAUGAGUAUAUGAUCAAUGGUAGUCUGGACAAUUGGUUGCACAAUCACUCAAAAGACGACACAGGAGAGAAUAAUGAUUCAAAGAGUUUGAACUUGUUACAGAGGGUAAAUAUUGCCAUUGAUGUGGCAAAUGCACUUGAUUAUCUUCAUAAUCAAUUGGAGACAGGUUUAGUGCAUUGUGAUUUGAAGCCAAGCAAUAUUUUGUUGGAUGGAGACUUAAUUGCUCACGUGGCUGAUUUUGGAAUAGCAAAAUUUCUUCCGACAGAAGUUGCACUUGCAUCUUCAUCAAACCAAGUGAGUUCAUCUAUAGGAAUUAAAGGGACUUUUGGAUAUGCAGCUCCAGAGUAUGGGAUGGGAAGUGAUUUGUCAACAUUUGGUGAUAUGUAUAGCUAUGGGAUCCUUUUGCUAGAAAUGUUUACUAGUAAAAGUCCUACUAGUGAUAUCUUCAAUAAUGGCUUAACUCUUCAUAACUAUGUUAGAAUGAGCAUGCCUGAGCAAGUCGCUGAGAUUGUGGAUCCAAAGCUAUUCCAGAUAGAAGCUAAUGCAACACCUCAAAGUCUUGUACUUCAUAACCAGAUAAUCGAAUGCCUUGUAUUGAUUCUUAAGAUUGGAAUAGCCUGUUCCGUGGAGUUACCUAGGGACAGAAUGAGCAUUGGCAAUGCGGUCAAGGAGUUGCUUUCAAUCAAAGACACCCUUGUGGAACUUGGAGACAUUAGGACCAUUCCUCGGUCGAUGUCAUACUACCAUGUGGAUCUAAGACAGUUAGAGCAGGCUGUAUCAAGCAAGCUAGCAGUGGUGUUUGCAACUUCAACAAUCCAAUCAGCAGAUCAGAGACUGAGAUCAAGCAUGGAGCAGAGUAUGGGGAUUCAAUCAUUCCUAUUGUGAUUGAUUGAGAAUUUUAUUUUAUUUUAUUUCGUUUGUGAUGUUGGUUAGUUUUGAUGUUUUGAAGAUUUUGUUGCUUUCCCUUUUACAGUUAAUUAGUUUGAGAGUUCUUUGCAACUUCUUUUUCCUGCAAAUUGCUUUUCUCCCUUAGUUUAGACAAUGUUUCUCUGUAGUCUCUGGAGUUUACUGAUAAUAUCAAUAGAAAAAAAAAAUCCACAAUA